AUGAUAGCUCCCCAUAGAUCGAUCCCUCUAGCCUCUAAUCCCGGAGAUAGGGUCUUCAGAAUUCCCGAAAUCGCACAGCUCAUCAUCGCCCCCAACUCCUCCGAUCGCCCUACCCUCCUCUCGCUCUGUCGCGUUACUCCCGUCACUUUCGGCCUUGCUAUGCCAGAGUUGUAUCGCCGGAUGAUCGUCCUUGCUGCCUCGGUCGCAGAUGAUCCGUUCUACUCCCACUCCAACCCGUCUGGCGCGCCCGAACGGGUAUUCCGAGGCAUCAGGACCGCCGCGGGCAUCCGACCGCUAACGCGUAUUCGAGAUGGUGGGCUGCUCUUUGGCGUGCAGGCGAAGGUAUGGGAGGCGGCAAUAGAGAGUACAAGGUAUUUGACGAUGGAUGGAUUCGCGUUCAGACCCACCCUCACUCCCCCCUUCCCGAACCUACAUGUGCUCGACCUCAGCGAUACAAUUCGGUCCGGGCUCAGCAGCUUCCAGCUCCAACAAUCACUCCUCCGCCUCACUCCCAAAGCCGUCAUCCUCAAUCUAGAUUUUGACCGCCGUGUGCAAUCAGACUUGGCCGAAGAAGUCUUGGCGGGGCUGUCACUCGGCUUAAAAGGUCUAACCACCCUCGUCAUACGCUGUACCAAGACCUGCCUCACCAAACUGCGCCCACGCCGCGUCCCCAUCACCCACCCCUUCCCUUUGAAGCACGUCGACAUCUACCUGAUCGCCCAGCCGGGGACGCAGACUGUCGGUACGAUGCUGGACGAUAUAGCCUAUCUCGUACAGCUGUACCCGGGGAAUAUCUUCAUCCACUGCGAGGCGAUUUGGCGCGAUAUAUUGGCGUCCGGGGCACAUAUGGGGUGGUGUGUCUGGCUGGCAGCCAUCCGUUCGGUCCAACAAGCAUCUGGACGGGUCGAUAUCCACUCGCCGGCCAAUCUCCAUCACCUUAUACUCGCUCGCCUUCGCUACGAUACACCUCUCUGCCAGCCGGCUAGACCUUGCCCGUAUCAUAAGAUACAUACCCACAGCCCCGAUGUCCCGCAGCAGUCGUCCCGUCUCACGUCGGACGGCAUCGAAGAUCGGAUGAAGCGGGUGUGGACCGUCAGCGUGGAGGAAUUUCGAGAGAAGGAGUGGUAUGAGGGGGCAGCAAGGCCAUGGGUAUCCCUGGAUCCAUCCCGCGUUAGCGCCGGCAGUCCCACUCCACACGUCUAG